GGCAGGGGCUGGGCAGAGCGGGGAGCUGCGGGAUUUGAACUGAAUGUUUUUCUCCCUCCCAUUUCAGAGGGUCUGGCGGUCGGAGUUGGAUUUGGGGCUGUUGGAAAAUCGGCAUCGGCCACGUUUCAGAGCGCCAGGAACUUGGCCAUCGGGAUUGGGAUCCAGAACUUCCCCGAAGGACUCGCCGUGAGCCUCCCGCUGCGCGGCGCCGGCUUUUCCACCUGGAGAGCCUUCUGGUUCGGGCAGCUGAGCGGGAUGGUGGAGCCCUUAGCGGGCAUCUUUGGUGCCUUCGCCGUGGUGGUGGCAGAGCCUCUUCUCCCCUACGCCUUGGGCUUUGCUGCUGGAGCCAUGGUCUACGUGGUCAUGGAUGAUAUCAUCCCCGAGGCACAAACCAGUGGCAAUGGGAAGCUGGCUUCCUGGACCUCGAUACUGGGAUUUGUGGUGAUGAUGUCCCUGGACGUUGGGCUCGGGUAAUGGCAGGUCACCACUCCCCGGGAGAAGACUUCAGAGCAAUUUCUGUGGCGGCACUUGGAACUGGACACAUUUAAGACUUUUUUUUGUAUAUAUUUUUUGAUCUGAUUUGGUGUUGAUUACCUAUAAUUUUAUAUAUCUUCCCCCCAUAACAUAAUUGUUGAAGGUUUUCAAAGCACAAAUAUGGGUGUCUUCUGGCAGGUCCUGGUUUCCUUUUGCCACCAGAUUUUCUUUUUUUCUCGGCAGGGUUGUCGACAAGACGCAUUGACUGGGCUGCAGGGUGCAAUUUGCUUUCCCUUCAGCUCCUGUGUUGUUUCUCUAAGCCAGGUCGCUCUUGGCUUUGAUCAUCUUUGUUCUGUAGAAGAUUAGAAAUCCACUGUCGAGUGUUUACGCGGCUCUGUGGUUAAGUACCCAGGCGUAUGAAUGGAGUCAACUCCUUGAAGAGUCUCAAUUUCCACUCUUGGUUUUGAAGGCAGGUGGAAGGAUUAUCCCAAAGGUAACGCAGGCAGUGCUUUGUGGAGUAGCAGGUCUAAUAUAUCCUGCUGAUCCUUGGGAAUUUUUUAGGGUGCUGGUUGUUUUGAUGGAUGCAAAUUGUCCAAGUGAAUAAAAAAAUGGAUUUUCC